UGGGCUGCCGGGCGGUGAGCGCGCACGGAUCUGCAGCAGCACGUUCCCACUCCGUGAUCGACUUGUGCACAGCAGCGUCGAGUCCGCUUGACGAACUUGACGAACACUUGCACGUUCGGCAAAGAAAGCGCAACUCUUUUCUUCCAGCUUAUGUUUGAGAAGGGGUCAUCACCACCAUCAGCCACAGCGACAGCGAUGCCCUCUGAUCAAUACUCUGGUGUCGCCAUGGAGACCAACAACAACCUGGCUGCCAUGGCGGAGGUGAGCCCGCCGCCACCCGAAGGCCUGUCGGAGAAUGACAGCGGCGUAGACCUGACCAAUGAGAGCAGCCCGCUGGCAGAGGCCGAGCCACCGUCGCCCUUCAGCCCCAAACAGAACGGGGGCGCCGCAUCACCUCGAGAUGGUAACGAGUGUCUGGAAGGGAGGGCCAGGACCAGGAAGAGGUCCAAGAGCGAGGAUGGCGCGUGGGACCCGUAUACAAAAGACAAGUCUCGGCUGGCUUUGAGAGCAAUGCCACGCACCCGAACCAUCUUCCAGGCCGGUCUGAUGCCGCACGCCAAACCUCGCAGACGUAAACAUGAGCUUGUCGCCACCAUGUGCGGGGGAGCUUCUCGGGCGGUCUCGUCCCGGGGGGUCCCUGAGGUGCCACAUCCGGAGCUUCUGGAAAACGACUCCAAAGACUCGGCCCGAAGCAGCGGCACCGUUGCGUCCGGUUGCGACACCCACGCCGAAUACAAUGACAACAAGGGUUUCAGUGUGGGUGAGCUGGUGUGGGGAAAGAUCAAGGGCUUCUCCUGGUGGCCCGGCAUGGUGGUGACCUGGCGCGCCACAGGGAAACGGCAGGCCAGCCACGGCAUGAGGUGGCUGCAGUGGUUCGGGGACGGGAAGUUCUCCGAGGUUUCCGCCGACAAGAUGGAUUCCAUCACAGCCUUUGCCAAGUUCUUCAAUCAGGCGUCUUACACCAAACUGGCGUCCUACCGCAGGGCCGUCUUCCAAGCUCUGGAGAUGGCCAGCGUCCGGGCAGAGAAGAAGUUCCCCGUCUGCGAGUCGGACAACCCUGACGAGCAAGUCAAGCCCAUGCUGGAGUGGGCGCAAGGGGGCUUCCUGCCCAAAGGCCAAGAAGGACUCAAACCAACUCAAAUGUGUGGCGUCGACAGCGCCACACUUAACAUGCAGGUCCUGGAUGUGUCGCUGCCCGAGUAUCCGCCCAGCGCCAAGCAGCCCAGACUGAGCGUGUGCAAGAACAAGGUUGGGCCCGAGGAGUCGUACAGCAGAGAACAAAUGGUCAAUGAAGUCCUUGAGAAUAAAAGAAGUAUAGAAGAGUUCUGUCUCUCGUGUGGCAGGAUGAGGGCAGCAACCUUCCACCCGCUCUUUGAAGGAGGCCUGUGCCAAACGUGCAAGGAUGUGUACUUGGAGACGUCCUACAUGUAUGAUGACGACGGAUACCAGUCCUACUGCACCGUCUGUUGCGGCGGCCGAGAGGUUCUGCUGUGUGGCAAUGCCAACUGCUGCAGAUGUUUCUGCGUGGACUGUCUGGACAUCCUGGUGGCCAGCGGGGCAUCGAACAACGCGCGCUACCUGGACCCCUGGCGCUGCUACAUGUGCCAGCCGCUGCUGACGUACGGCGUACUCAAGCGGCGGCACGAUUGGAGCGUCAAACUGCAGGAGUUCUUUGCCAACGACAACGGACAGGAGUUUGAGAGCCCAAAGAUUUAUCCUGCAGUUCCAGCAGAUCAGAGGCGAACAAUACGAGUCCUCUCACUGUUUGACGGCAUCGCCACUGGCUACCUGGUCCUGAGAGAUCUGGGCUUUAAGGUGGACCAGUACGUGGCGUCCGAGGUGUGCGAGGAUUCCAUCUCUGUCGGUGUGGUCCGACACGAAGGAAAGAUUCAAUAUGUCCACGACGUCCGGAACAUCACCAGAAAAAACAUUCAGGAAUGGGGUCCGUUUGAUCUGGUGAUAGGAGGAAGUCCAUGUAAUGACCUCUCUAUUGUCAACCCAGCCAGGAAAGGCCUCUUCGAAGGCACAGGGAGAUUGUUCUUCGAAUUUUACCGUCUGCUAAGCGAGGCCAAGCCGAAAGAAGGAGAGAACCGUCCAUUCUUCUGGAUGUUCGAGAACGUAGUCGCCAUGGGUGUGAACGACAAGAGGGACAUCUCGCGAUAUCUGGAGUGUAACCCCGUGAUGAUUGACGCCAUUGAGGUCUCUGCAGCCCACCGGGCUCGGUACUUUUGGGGGAACUUGCCGGGUAUGAACAGACCUCUGUGUGCUUCUGGGAUGGACAAGCUGGAGCUGCAGGACUGUCUAGAACACGGUCGAGUUGCAAAGUUCGGGAAGGUGCGCACCAUCACCACGCGCUCCAACUCCAUCAAACAGGGGAAGGACCAACACUUCCCAGUCUUGAUGAACGGAAAGGAGGACAUCUUAUGGUGCACUGAGCUAGAGAGGAUCUUCGGCUUCCCAGUCCACUACACUGACGUGUCCAACAUGGGUCGAGGUGCUCGGCAGAAACUUCUGGGCCGGUCCUGGAGCGUCCCUGUUAUCAGGCAUCUUUUCGCACCCCUUAAAGACUUCUUUGCCUGCGAUUAGGCAGCGUUCCUCACCUCAGCACGCAGACCACACGUCACCAGCAUCACCGUCGUUAUCAAAUCGAGGGCAGAACCAGCAAACAGAUACCAACUCUCACAAGGAAAUACACAUAACCCGUUACCAGCAAGAGACCCCACCGUCACCAGUCAAUUGACAUCACUUGUCACGAACAGAUCACUUUGUACCAGCAAAUAGAUGUCCCUGUCUCCAGGCAAUAGACACCACUCUAGACAAGCACUUAGACACCACCAUCACCGGCAAAUAGACACCACCUUUCGCAAGCAAACAUCUAAUACCAAUCACAGCACAUAGACACCACCAGGAAAUAGACACAACACAUCAGUCGCUAAUAGAUAGUGGCUAUCACCAGUGCAUUGUGGUCACCCAUCACCAUGAUUAAGAGAACUUGUGACUAGGAAUUAGACACCACCUUCACCAGCAAACAAAUACUACCAGUAACAGCACAUUGAUACCAAUAGACACCACACAGCAAACAGUGCUUAUCACCAGCAUGUAGUCACCACCCAUUACCAGCAAAUUGACCCCACGUUACUAGACAAUAAAUGCUACUCAUCACCAGCAAAUAGAAAGCACGUCCCUCUCACCAGGAAUUUCAUUUGUCACCAGCAAACACACAAAGUCAUCAACAAAUACCAUGUCACCAAGAAAUCGAGGACACACAUGUCAAACAGGCACCACCUAUUACAGCACAUCGACGUUAAUCACCAGCAAAUAGACACUGACAAUUACCCAAAAGUAGACGCAACUUUAAACAUGCAAAUACUAUUUCGAUGUCCUUUUUAGCCUGGAGGGACUGGUGUUGACAUUGUUCCCUUUUCGUUGGACAGUAUGUCUUUUUUUAAGUUUUUAUCGUUGAUAGUAGGAAUAUGGAGUUUUUUUUUGUUUUUUGUUUUUUUUUGCAAAAGAACUCUGUAGGAAGCACUGAUUGUAACGGAUGGUAGUGGACUCAAGGCUAGUCAUCAUUUCAUUACCAUUUUAACCGUUCCUUUUGAUACAUUUUUGUUCUCUUUGCUUAGAUUGUCUUGACUGUAGAAGAGUUGACAGAUGGACGUCUUUUAUUUUUUGGUAUUAUUAUCAUGUUAAACAUUCGCGUGUCUCCCGGAAAGUUCCUGACGUUACAACAGUACUUGAAAUAAGCCACUGCAAACAAAAAUAUGAACAAAAACAUUGGGUGAAUUUUGGUCUGUUAUCUCGCCUUCUCGAGCAGUCCUGACUGUUAGGGAAGUAAUUAUCUUGAAGCGAAUAUCCGUUUACUGUAACAUGCAGUAUUUUGUGCCGAGCACUGACAACUUUAAUGUUGUCUGUGCUUAAACUUAUAUUACUUGUAGUACUACUGUCGUAUUUCCAAGUAUCAUAACCGAAAGAUGUUUUUUUUUUUUUUUUUUGUGGCUUUCACCAAAACCAAACAUACCUUACCUCAAAUAAAAGCUCGUAUUUCUAUUAUGUUUAGUCACUGGAACGUGUGGCUCGUUGUUUUCACAAUGAAAACACACAAUUGUUCUUUUAAAUGUGUGUUUGUGUUGUUUUCUCAUGCCUUUAAGGGACCAAAAGAACUGUUUACAUGUUUCACUCAUAAAAAUGUUACUUUUGUAAGUUUUUACUUGCUCGUUUUGAAUGUGUUCCUUAAAUACAAACACCACUUUUAGACCAUAUUAAUCCGUAGCGGUAUCAUCAUAGCUUGUAGAUGUUCUAAUCGUUAAACACAAUUUCACAAGUUCUAAACAAGUUCUUACCAUAUUUUUGUACUUUUUUUCAUAUAUGUAUACUUCAUUACAACUGUUAGUGGAAAAGCACUGUUUGUGUAUUUAGUUUUUUUUCUUCAGUAGAGUUUGUACUCAAUAAAAGGCAGCUUUAGCUGAUUCAAAAUA